AUGAUCGAGCCGCUCUUCGGAGACCUGGACCCAGGUACAGCUUCCUCCAAAGUCUCCGAAGCUGAGCCACUGCCUCGUGUGGUGCUGCAAGGCAUCUCUGUUGAAGAUGUCAAAGCACGGGACAAAGUGCACUACAACAUGAACAACCAGUGGAUGUACAAGGUGGACCCAGCUGACUCCACGCGCCUCAUCCUGCGCGAAGAUGCGCCGGAGCCGCCGGCUGACUACCGGGAAGGUUUGGAAAAAUGCUCCACACGCCACUGGGUGGAUCAAUUUCGGGGGCACUAUCGUAUCGUGAACGUUCCGCGCAAGCACACGACAUGGAUGAAAGAAGCGUCGCAACUGGCAGUACAGCAGGCUGGCUUCUCGCCCCUUUUCCGGGACGAUCUCGAGGCCGCCGUCGCAGAUACAGCUUGCGGCGACACCUUCCAAUUCUGCGAUCCGUCAAAGCCGAGCAGCUGCUACUUCGUCCGCACGGAGCGAGUGAGCCUCAAG